AUGUCAGGCUUGCAGAUUUUGGCAUUCCUCGGUGGUGUGGCUGGGUUAGGAGCCACUAUCGGUGCCACGGUGUCCAAUGAAUGGAGGGCCACCAGCCGGGCUUCCUCGGUCAUCACAGCAACGUGGGUGCUCCAGGGUCUGUGGAACAACUGUGCUGGAAAUGCCAUUGGAUCUCUGCACUGCAGACCACAUCAUACUAUCUUACAGCUAGAAGGAUACAUCAUUGCUUGCAGGGCACUCAUGAUUUCCGCCGUCAUUCUGGGCUUUUUCGGCUCUAUAUUUGCCCUCGUGGGAAUGAAGUGCACAAAAAUUGGAGGAUCUGACAAAAAUAAAGCGAGGAUUGCCUGUUUUGCCGGUGUGCAUUUCAUUCUUAGUGGCCUGUGCUCACUCUCAUCCUGCUCCAUAUAUGCGCACCGGAUAACAUCAGAAUUUUUUGAUCCAAUGUUUAUCUCGCAAAAGUAUGAACUUGGAGCUGCUCUCUUUAUUGGCUGGGGUGGAUCUGUCCUCUGUAUUCUCGGGGGCACCAUGUUGUGCUUCUCCAUUGCAGGUUCUUUUACCAGUAGCAAAAGAGAGGUAAACUAUAUCUACAGAGGCGCUGCCUCACAUUCUCGUAUCUCCUCCUACCCAAAAGGGCAGGCGAAGUCUGUAAAUCAGAGGCUAACUCCAGACAACAGCACCUCCUCCAGGAUCCAGCACUUUGAUAAGAAUGUUUAUGUGUGA